AUGGAAGACACGGUCCCUGACACCCCCGUCAGCAACAAAAAAAUCGUCCAUAGCACGCCUCCUGCCAAUAUGGCCGACGAAGAUGGAGAUUAUGAGACGAUCGCCACCCUCCCUGCGAACCCUCCCCAACACAUGCUUGCAACACAAUCGUUGACACCCACAACACAACGAUUUACACAGCCCACGCAGAUUGUCGAUGUUCCUUAUUCCGGCAAGAGUGUUGUCCAAGUUGCAGCUUCUUCCCCUUUGAAGCCCCCCUCAUCUCCUUCGCGCCCUUCGCCAGCCGGCCCCGGUCGUCUUUCCAAUCUCAUGGCUCCCAACGGCACUCAAUUUUGUCCUCCCGCAAAGCGCGCGCCAGUCAUUGAUUUGGACGAUGACGGUCCGACUUACCGGGGAGGCUCUUCCGAUGACGACGCCUUGAUGAGUACGGACAUCAAACCAGCUAUGUUUACCAAAUCAUCAAAGAGCCCGGAAAAGGCAACACCAAUCGAUCGAUUCAAAGAGAUCACCUCGUCCGCUGUUUACGACCCUUCGAAUGCCAAGAGAUCCGCUGCAGAGAUGGACCCUACCCCGAAGGGGGUUGCCAUGAAGAGAGCUCGUCAAGAUGGCCCUUCGCGCGCCCAGCCAGUGGGCUCGCAAUCACUGUCAUUGCAGGAUAUUGAUGACUAUCAAAUGCAGGUGAAGGUAGAGAGGAUGUUAAAGGUUCUGCCGCAAAAGUCAGUAUAUGAUUGUGUGCAGGCCCUCCUGGAGAAGAAAGGGAGGUUUGAAGAUGCGAUGGAUUAUUUGGCCAGCAUCGAGGAUCAAGACGGACAUGCUAUCUCAUCAGAGGAUGAACUAAGUAUGAAUAAGAAAACGUCGCCCAUAGCUCCUGCAAAACAAAACAUCAAAGCCCGGGGAAGGAUUCAGGACAAAUGGACGGCGAUGAAUCUCCCAAAGGGCCCGCCGCAGAAGCCUUCUCAACAAGUAGAGGAGGAGGCAAAGCCGCGAAAGCGGUUGAUUCGAGGACCGAAAUCUCGAGAGUCGCCAGUGCCGUUAAGUCCCACCCAGGACGAAAAACCAGCUAAGAAGAGCUUCGGUCGACUAGUGCAAGGACGCAGGCGUCCAUCGCCCGCACGAUCCGAGUCUCCUGAGGCGCCUCUGGUCAUUUCUGACGACUCCGACUCCGCAUUUGAUGCUCAAGAGGGCGGAGGUCUAGAGACGAAAAUUCUUGGUUUCUUCAACAAAUGCGACGUCCCAAGCCUUGCUGAUCUGGCCGCGAUAAACGAGGACCUCGCUGAAUACAUCAUAACGAAGCGACCAUUUUCUUCUCUGGAAGAAGUUCGCGUCAUCCCGGCUCCGCCUACAGAAGAAACAACCACCAAGACAGGCAGGAAACGCAAGGCACCUAAGCCGGUUGGUGAUCGUAUAGUUGACAAAUGCCUUGACAUGUGGGUUGGAUACGAAGCUGUGGAUUCAUUGGUCGCUCAAUGCGAAACGCUAGGUAAACCAAUUGCGACAGAGAUGAAGAAAUGGGGAGUUGACAUGUUCGGCAAGCGCGAGGGGGAGCUUGAGCUUGUCUCAAUGGAACCCUCAGGCUCGCAUGACUCUGGAAUUGGAACACCCGCUAGUCAACGAUCUGACGAGGACAGUGACGGACCAGGAUCUCGAUCUCGGAAAGCUCGUUUUAUCUCACAGCCUGGGAUUAUGGCUGAGGAUCUUAAAAUGAAGAACUAUCAGAUCGUCGGUAUCAAUUGGCUGUCAUUGCUGUUCGAGAAGGAGCUCAGCUGCAUUUUGGCAGAUGACAUGGGUCUCGGAAAGACCUGCCAAGUGAUAGCGUUUCUAGCUCAUCUAUAUGAGAAGGGCAUAAAGGGCCCACAUCUUGUCGUUGUGCCGUCUUCAACCAUUGAAAACUGGCUUCGAGAAUUCCAAAAGUUCUGUCCGACACUUUCGGUGAUGCCGUACUACGCCGACCAAAAUGUACGUGCCCAAAUUCGUGAACAAAUCGAGGAUAACAGGGACGAAAUCAAUGUUGUCAUUACGACCUAUACGAUCGCAAAAGGCAAAGUUGACGCACAUUUCCUCCGCAAUAUGGAUUUCUGCGCUUGCGUUUUUGAUGAAGGCCACAUGCUCAAGAGCAGCACUUCGGUCUUAUAUGAGAAGUUGAUCAGGAUCCGCGCUCGUUUUAGGCUUCUUUUGACGGGUACGCCGCUUCAAAACAACCUCCAGGAACUUGCUUCUUUACUCGGAUUUAUUCUCCCUCAAGUUUUCCAGGAUCGCAAGGACGAUCUCCAGUACAUAUUUUCGAAUAAAGCAAAGACCGUUGACGAAUCACAUUCAGCACUCCUUUCUGCGCAAAGGAUUGAAAGGGCAAAGUCGAUGCUCAAGCCCUUCGUUCUUCGGCGAAAGAAGCACCAAGUCAUCGAUUUGCCUACGAAAACCUCCCACGUUGAAUAUUGCGAGAUGAACGCUGCUCAGCGAGGCAUUUAUGAAAAUGAACAAAACGAGGUUAAGCAACUCUUAGAAGACAGGGCGGCCGGGAAGAAGACAGGUAACAGGUCGGCGAACAUUUUGAUGAAGCUUCGCCAAGCAGCCAUCCAUCCACUCUUGCGCCGAAGACAUUACGAUGAUAAGAUCCUUAUGCGCAUGUCCAAGGCCUGUCUGCAAGAGGAAAAAUGGGCGCUAUCCGAUCCAAACACUAUCUUCGAGGAAUUGCAGAAUUACAGCGAUUUCGAAUGCCACCAAUUAUGCUUGGAUAACCCCAAGUCAAUCGGAAAGUUUGCUCUUAAGAACAACGAGUGGAUGGAUUCCGGCAAAGUCGACAAACUGUGCGAGCUGCUCCGGCGAUUCAAGGAAAAUGGAGACCGCGCCCUCGUUUUCUCGCAAUUUCGAAUGGUCAUGGACAUUCUUGAAGAUGUACUGGAGAACCAGCAUCUGGAGUUCGUCCGACUUGACGGAACAACAAGCGUCGAAGAUCGUCAAUCUAUCAUGGAUGCCUUCCAUGAAAGAACCGACAUCCCAGUAUUCCUCCUUUCUACCAAGGCUGGUGGUGCUGGAAUCAACCUUGCGUGCGCAAACAAAGUCAUCAUCUUCGACUCCAGCUUCAACCCACAGGAGGAUGUCCAGGCUGAAAACCGCGCCCACCGAGUUGGUCAAACUCGUGAGGUCGAGGUCAUUCGCAUGGUGACCAAGGGCACAAUCGAAGAACAAAUUUAUGCGCUCGGCCAGACAAAGUUGGCUCUCGACCAAGCCGUUGCCGGGGAGGAGGGUGCCGAUUCCAAGAAAUCCGAAGAAGCCGGUAUGAAGGCCGUCGAGGAGAUGGUUCUUGCGGAUAUCUCGCAGAAGGAGGGAACAUCCUGA